AGAUCUUCAGUUCAUAACAGAGUAUCUACGGUCGCGGCUGCCCCUCACAAUUUAAAGUAUCGUGAACGCAUUCGAAAGAUCGACUGUUCUUUUUUUAAAUUACAAUCUGUGGUCAAAAUGUUUAUGAAUUGUAUAUUUUUAAUUUUGGCGUUGACGUGCCGUGGCUUGGCGGGAAAUGAUUUGCCGGACAACUUCCAACGGUGUCGGCAGAGAGAUACAAAAUUGAAUGACUGUCUGAAGUCAGCAGUGCCGGAUGCCAUCAGGAAGAUGAAGGACGGUAUACCAUCGUUGUCGGUGCCCCCCAUGGAACCGCUGAAGGUCUCCGCCAUCAACAUAGAUUCAGGCGCUGGACCGGUUGUUAUCACGCAGAACUACAAAAAUAUCAAACUGUACGGACUGACAGACACCAAACUCACAACAUACAAAGCUGAUCUCAAACACCACCGUCUCCGCACCGACUCCCUCACACCCAAGAUGGAGUUCAUAGCAGAUUACGUGAUGAAGGGCAGGAUCCUGGUGCUUCCUAUCCAGGGAAAAGGCGUCGCGAACAUUACCAUGUUGAAUUUAGUAGUGAAACACGACCUGGUAGGUGAACCUGUGACCCGCAACGGUACAACCUACAUGCACAUGCGCGACUACCGGGUGAAAUUUAUCCCGCAGAGGGUUCUGCUGCACUUCUCCAACUUGUUCAACGGUGACAAGCGACUUGGGGAUCAGAUGAACUCCUUCCUGAAUGAAAACUCAGAGCUGGUCUUCAAUGAACUGAAAGAAUCCUAUGAAAAAAGCCUGAGCUCCGUGUUCCAGGACGUCACCAACAAAAUAUUCGACAAGGUCCCAAUGAACAAGAUAUUCCUGGAAGACUAACUCUAAUACCAUUUGAAUAUGUGUCAAAAUAAGUUAGCAAUGUAACAAAUUACUUAUAAGUUAUAGGUAUUUAUUAAAUUUGCUUUAAUUAGUAA